ACGCUUAAAUAUACGCAAUCAGUGAGACGCUGGCAUUUACUAAGCCAAUAAAAGUUUAUAAUCUAGUUUUUUUCCAGGCCAAGUAACCAGACAAUGGGGAGAAAAAGAAAGAGAUAGAGGAUAUGAAAGGUGUGGUGCCUGCGGUGGACCCCUAGCGGUGGCAUCAAACAAUGUGUAACAAAACAAUGGAGAAGUGAACCACAGAGGAGAACCUUACUGGAAAUGUGCACGCAGAACCGGCCAUCAGCCAGGCAUGCAUUAAGUUGUAAAACAUUUCUGAUGACUUUAGUAAUAUAUUGAGCAAAAUGGACACACGAAAGCGUAGGAAAGAUGGAGCUACACUUGUACCAUCAUUGGAAAGCUUACAGGUCUCUCCAAAAAGGGCACGUGUCCAUGCCCAGCGGAAGUUUGCUCAAGGUUCACAGCCAAAUAGUCCUGCUCCAACUCCUGUUAAGGAAACAAGAGAAUUGCGUGAUAGGAGUGGUUCUUCAGAAACAAGAAAUCGAGCUGUCAUUCAAGUUCCCCCACCUCCUCUGGAUAUUGUUGAAGUACCAAUCAGACCAACUGUUGAGGACUUUUUGACUUUUCUUUGUUACAGAGGAACUUCACUUUUGCCACCGGGAUUAGAGCACUUUAAUUCUCCCCAACUUCUUGAAGCAGCAGGUGAUAGCCGAAGCCAAAGUCCUGCCAGAGAAGAAAAGAAACUUUCUUUAAAGAAAAAACAAGAUGGUAUUACAGUUGAUAAAAAAGAGAGGGAAUUUUUAAAGGAUUCUGUUAAGAAAAACCUAGAUCAAAGUACUGAUGGUGAAGGUUCUGUUAUUCCAAUUCGUGUAACACGCAGUACCCCACACACUACAACAGUUACUAGCACUACUCCAGCUGUGCUUCACUCACCAAAGAAGCUCUCAAAAAGACUUGUAAUGAAGAAAGCAUUACUUCUCCAGACCAAAGCCAAGUCAAUGAGACUACAAGAGAGAAAAAAGGCUGCUCUAAGACGAUCAGAUAUUCAAGCAGUCGACUCGUCACCAGUUCAAGGACCUGUAGCGGCCACAAGGUCAGGGCGACUGUUGCAUAAAUAUCGUGUUUCAGCCACUACAGCUUUGGCACGAAAGAAAGCACGGGUUGCAAUGCUCUCUUCAAUACGCCCUAAACAAAAGUUGUCAAGGAUAUUACAAAGAAAUGAGGAAAAUCAACCAGAGAGCAGUCCCUCAUCCCACUCUUGUGUAGCCUCAACUUGCAUACAACUGGGCAGCUCUAUCGCAAACCAAGAUUCAAGACUGACUAGAAUAACACGUAGUCAGGCUGAGGAUAAAGGUGAUGAAACUGAAGAUAAAACUGAAGAAGGUGAGCAACAGGGGAAGGUAAUAGAGAAAGUUGAGAAACGUGACAUUGGGAAGAUUGGAAAAAAGGAAGGUGUAUCUCAAGAGUCAUCACUUAUAUCUCGACCUGUCAGAUUAGUUAGACAGAAGUUGCCCAGGAAAAAACUUCUUGUUAAGAAAGUUGUCAGGGUUACACGAGAAGCAACAAAGCAUGCUGAGGGCGAGACCUGCAAACAAUCAGAGUCUAAUUCAACAGUUGUAAGUCAGCCUCUGCACUCACAGUCCCCUGACCAAGUUCCUCUUGCCAAACGAUUGCGCCGGAGCACCCAAGACCUUCCAGUUUCCCCCGUCUUGCCCAAAAAAUGUACUGUAUCAUCUGCUCCCCCAUCACCUAUAAUUUCUCAGACUCCAAAGAAAUCUUCAACUCCAGAUGUUUCCUCAAAUAAUUCCCAAACUAAUCAGAAGAAAUAUUCUCCAACUAUUUUGCUCACGAAUAUAUCUGAUUCAGAGGAGAAGACGUUACCUAGUACUACAGAGUCAGAAACUCUCACAAGCCUAUCGCCAAAACUUAACUUUCCUAAAGAAAAUUGUGCUUUACCCAAUAGUUCAUAUUCUCAGGAGCAAAAAUCUCACUCUGCUUCAUAUAUCUCUACGCCACCUAACCAUAAUCACACUAAAAAGUCUACUCCUGUAACUAAUCCAGUCAAUUUCCCUUCAAUGAAGUCUUCCCCAAUAAUCUCUUCACCAUCUCCAAGUACAUGCAAGAAGGCAGCAAACAAAGAGGAUAAACAGAAUAAAGUUACUUCAGCUGCAGGUUCACCAGAGUCACCUGUUACCUCUCAUAUUGUUGAAGAAACUGAGACCAAUCUUGGGAUUCGGGCACGGCCGAGCAGACGCACAAAAGAAGCUGCCACAGCAUACUUGCAGUUGAUUGGUCGUAAAUUGGCACAGGAUUCAAAAGACAAUGCAAAGUCUGAUGAUGAUGAUGAGGAGGAAAAUGACACCACUUUAUUAAAAAAAUUUAUAGAUCUCAAAUCACAAUCAAAUAUUAAAGGCAAAGAAGAGCAUGAAGAAAAGAAAUCUCAAAACUCAUCAACCGAGGAAGUGACACCUGAGCUAACAAGAACAACAGGAAGUGAGGGCUGUGAAAAUCGUGUUGUCAGUGACAAUUCUGCUAAGUUUAAUGCUAGAAAGUCUUUCAGAAAAAUUAGAGAUUUUGCAGGACAGUCUCAAAUAGAAAAGCCGUGCAAUUCAGAUAAUGUUAAUGCUGAAGUUGGACGAGUGACUAGAAGAACUUCCUCUAAAGAGGAGCUUUCUAAUGUUCUUAGCGAUGAAAAAAUUACAUUCAGUUCAAGAAGGACAAGAAGCUGUGAAAAAAGAGAUUCGUCCACACCAGAGGAGCAAGGGGACACAGAAUGCACUCGGUCUCUUAUUUCCUCGAGUAGAUAUUGCUUACCAGAAUCAAGUGCUAUUACAGUUAAUAGAGCAAUGCCUAGAAGACUGAGAAGGACUCGAAGUGAUGCUGAUGAACCAAAGAGAAAAGGGUUAUGGCCUUCCUUGAGACGUUCGUCAUUAGAGGUUGAUAGCUCUCAUGAAGUUACCAGACAGAGGCGUAUAACCAGAGGGAGGGAGGGACAGGAUUAUAAAGAAAAUGAGAGUGAUAGUGAGGAAAGUGAAAGGUUAAUAAUAAAUACUCGUACUAAAAGAGAGAUAAGAAGAACAGGCAACAUUGGUAGUGAUCAAGUAACACACACAAAAAAUGCUAUAAGUGAUGAAAAUGAUAAGCAUUUAAAAAUAAGCACGCGUGAUGGUUCAUUAGCUGAAAGUAAAGUGGAAGAUUUGAAGAAUUUUGAUAGUUCCCGUGAUGUUAGUUCUAAAGUUGAUAAGGAGGGGGAAUACCAGAGAAGUGAUUCCAAUGAUGACAUAAAUCAUAAGGAGAAGGAACAAGACUUUAAAGAUGAUAAAUGGCACGUAGCUGAGGAAGGCAACUCUUUGGAUAAAAGUUUUGAACAAAAUUCAGAAAAAAUAUUUGCGCCGGCUGUUAAAUCAAGGAGGACAGUAUCACAAGAUAGAAAAAUAGAGCAGUAUUUAUCGAAAGAAAGUAUUAGACAUUCAUCUGUCAGAAAAAGUUUUGAAAAAUCUGAUAGUAAUGAUAGUAAUGAUAUUGGUGAAGCUUUCUCAAGAACUUGUAGAAGCAGAAGUGGAUCUUUAGGGAGCAACAUAGACAACACAAGUCUUGAUGCAAAUGAUAAAAAACCAUUGGCAACAUUAAUCAGAAGGAGAUCUGUGGGAAAUAGAAGGAGAAGUAGUAAUCAUGAUGAGGCCAAAUUAAAUGAAGUUUUAGAGAGUGUUGCCAAAGAUUUUGAAAAAGAUAUAGAUGAUGAUCAUUAUGAAAAAAUUGAAAAAGAUUUUAUGAUGGGAAAUAAAUCUCCAGAGAAAAGUAAAGGAGAAAGAACACCGACAGAAAUUGAAAAAGAAGAUUUAUUCAUGUCAGACAGUAGUGUUUCUUGCAUGGAUGAAAAGAGUUCAAAUUCAACAGAUAUGAUGCUUGCAUCAUCAAGUACACCAAAAAGUACAUGUAGUUCUGUUGUAGUACAGUCUGGUUGUAGCAGUCCAAGUCCUAGUAAAAGAAGCACAAAUAGUAAAAAGCUAAGUGAUGUUGUUCGCAGCCUUCAAAAGAAACAAGCUGAAACUCCAACUUUAAAUGAAAAACCAACAUUUUUGAAGGAUCUCAACAACUGGAACUCUGAUAAAUUGAGGCAAGUAAGUCCACACUCAGGUCCUCAUCUUCAAUCUUCUGGUACUUCCUGUGCACCUAUAGCAGUAACACAGAAUGAUGUCUCCCUGCCAGAAAUUGCACAUAGUCCCAGUGCACCCACCAUUCCAUUAGUGAAUACAGCUACCACCACCACCUCAAAGGCACCAUCACAAUUACCUCAGAAAUCUAUCACAGCCAAGGUUGCACCCACUAAAACUAGCACCACCAGACCUCCCAAAACAAAAUCACCUAUUGUCACAUGCAGUUCACCCCAGGUAGAGCCUGUGAUGACGUGUUCACAAACACUUGCCCCCAGCACUACAAUCACUUCCAGCAAUCAUAAAAAUCUUUCCAUUGUGAACACAGCACCUACAGGAACACCUGCAUUUUCCUCAGGUAUUCAAAAAGGAAAUAUAGCAUCAAAAGCAGCACCUUUGAUAUUUCAGAGUGCUCAAAAUGAACAUGUAACUGUUCUUCCAAGCUUACCAGUUCCAGUUAAUCCUUCUGCUACAAUUAACGUUGUGAGCACAGGAUUUUCAUCCCCACUGACUGUCACACGUGUGCCACAGUUAUCAUCAGUUGUAACACUCUCUUCUGUUGGCAGUGGUUCUGUUGCUAGUCCUAAACCAAUAGAUCUACCAGCUACUAAAAGUACUCCCAAACAACUUUCAAUUGCACCCAAACCAGCAGCACCCUCAACUACUCUAGUAGCAUCUGCACCUGCUGGACAGGUGUCAUUAUCUGUUUUCCAACAUGGAACUCAAAAAUCAACUCCCAAACCUGUACAAAUUGCUCCCAAACCCCCAGCUGCUACACCCCAUAUUCACCCUAAUACUCAUAUUCUUGCACCUCAGCCUGGCCAUAUGAUGCAGGCACAGGUACAGGCUCAGGUGCAGGCAAUAACACAACCAGUUCAUACAGUUCAAGCAAUAACUCAGCCAGUACAAACUAUGCAGGCUAUACCUCAGCCUAUACAAACAGUGCAGACUGUAACUGGUAUGCCUGUACAGGCUGUCAUUACUCAGGCAGUCAUUGAUCCAGCCCAGUUGGUAACCCCAUCUUCACCAGCAAAAAUAAUUACUCAACCAGUAUUUGUAACCUCGUCUAUGCAGAGUGCAGUUACUUACAGCAUUUCACCUCAGACUGUAGGUCAGGGUCACUUAACUGGUAAUGUGAGUGCUGUUGCCCGUGUUCUUGCUCCUACCUUGGUUGGUAAAGUAGCAGCCAAACCUCAGCCUCAUCUUAUGACCCCAAAGGCGCCAGAUUCUCUUGUUACUUUAGCCCCAGCAUCAGUUGGCUGUACUGCUUCAGUAAGACCCAUUGUGCCUUUGUCCCAGCAGAUACAACCCUCACAACAAACACAAAUUCUUGCUGUUAAUGUAAUGCCAGUAGGAUCCACUCAUGUGCAAACAAUGACAGGACAGCCAAGUUUAAUAGCAAAACCCCAAAUCGCGGUUCAAUCUCCAAGUCAUCCUCCUGGAUCCCAUCAUACUUUCAUAUCUGCAACAGCUACUGAUCAGAUUAUUCCUCAAGGCCAUCCUGCUGUUCCACAUUCGCAAUCUUUGCUGAGCACAGCUGCUACUUCUCAGUUGCCUAUUGCUGCUAUUGCUACCACCUUUCCUGUGGUCUCUGCUGAAGUUGCUGGAAAAUCCUCCCAUUUGAAUAGUAAUAUUCUAACAAGUCCUCAACCUGGAUCAGUUCCUAUUAAUCAGGUAUCAAGACCAAUACCUGUGGACAAAAGUAAGGCUGGAGCCACUGUUUCAUGUGGCAAGUUAACUAGUAAUAUUAAAUCCUUCUCUAAUACUGCUUCUUCUCUAGGCACAUCACAAUUAUCCACCUCUAGCAUGGCUGUAGCAAUAACUAAGGCUUGUACUGUAGUACCUUGUGGCAGUGUGAAUAAGAUGGUUUCCAACCAAUCUGAAAAUAAAAUAGAUGGUUCCAUAUCUACACACACUUCUAAAGUUGUUGAAACUGCUUUCAAAGGAGGAAUACCAGGGAAUGUAAGAAUAACCGAGGUUUCAAAAGUCACUGCCAAGAUCACUGGACCAAUCUCUAGUGCAAGUUCAGAAUCUAGUUUAAAACUAGCAUCCUCCACUAUGACAGCUAUGCCACAAUUAGCUUCAUCCUCGGUAACAAUUACAUCUCUGAGUGAUGUGCCACAUUCCGGCCAGCUCUGUGUUGCAGAGGGACAAAAACCAGUUAUUGGUGCAAAACAGUUAAAGAGAUGUACCAAUAUUGCACUUAAGUUAUCCUCAAGUGUGAGUGUCGUUCAACACAAAGCAGGAAUGGGGAGAAAUGUUGCUGUUGCUUCAUUGCUCUCAAAAAGUGAAAUAGAAAAUAGUACUACUACAUCUGUUCCAGUUACAGAAAAGGAUAAAUCAGUGUUCACUCCUGUAACAAAACCAGACAGAGAUAAACAUUGCCUUGCUUCCAGUAUUUCCACUUCUACCACAUCACCAGUUCUUAAAAUACUGAAGGAUAAAGUUGCUUCUGUUACCUCUCCAUUUAAAAGUAAUCAGGAUAGUAAUAUUAAUACUUCCCUUCAUAAAUCAGAAAAGGACGUAACUGCUUCCAUAAGUCAUUUGGUUAAAACAGACAAAAAUAAAAUUGAUUCUACCAAGUCAGUGCGAAUAAACAAUGAAGAAAGUAAAAUAGAAAAAGUGCAAAAUAUAAAUGGCAAAAAUGAAAGUGAUAGUGAUAAAUUAUGUGACAAAAAGAUUAUAGAUAAAAAGAAAGAACCUUUCCUGAAAAGAACUCUCUUUAAGACUAAGAGUCAAGAUGAGAAAAAGACACCUGGACCUAUGUACAAAACUAAAAGCUUGGAAAGUAAAAAGCCUUCAGGUGCUUUUUCUCCAUUACAUGAAAGCAGUGUCUAUGCUUUUGAACCAGAAGUUGAAACAUCUCUUGAGGAAUCCUCGCCAUUCUCUCAAAGAAUUAAAAACAUUCAGCCUUCACCAGGAACAUCACCAGUGAAGCCUAACAAUUCAAUUAAACCUCCAACUCAGGGGCUUAUCACAAACAUUAAACCUCCAGCCCAGGGCUUUGUCACAAACAUUAAACCUCCAGCUCAGGGCUCUGUCACGAACAUUAAACCUCCAGCCCAGGGCUCUGUCACAAACAUUAAACCUUUAGCCCAGGGGCCUGUUGUAAAUAUUAAACCUCAAGCUCUGGGGUCUGUCACAAACAAACCUCUUGGCAAAGUAACAUCCGCAGUUGCUACUGUUCGAAGCCCUGUAGCACGGUCUUUAAAUCCCAUGAUAACAGGAAAACCAAAAUCUACUGCGGGGAUAAGCCCUAGUACAGUAGCAUCGCAUACAGUUCUUUUGGGAAAGAGACCAAGCUGCAGCACAGGCACUGUUAAUAUGAAAGCUACGGGUACUGUCACAGAGACUUCACCACUCACAAGGAAGCUCAGUUCUACGUGCACCACUUCUCGGUCAUUACUAGAACAUGGCAGAGUUGGAGCUGAAGCUGAAGAAACUGUACAAACCUCUGGUAGAUUUAAGAAAAACAUUAGCAGCACCUCAAUUGCCAUCCAGUGUGACAUGGAUGAAGCAAUAGAAGUUGCUGCUGAAGAUGGUGUGAGUGCCAAUGAAAGUGGAACACAAACUGAAGGACCAAGUAAAUUUCCUCUACCUCCAAAUGCUUCCCCAUUUUAUUAUCUUCCCCUUGCAAUGGCUGCUUUAGGAGAGAAGCUUCCUGCCCAGUUAGUCCAGCAAAUGUUGGCAAAAACACAAGGGUUAGUUGGUGCAGCAGAAGCUGGCAUGAUACUUCAACAAGCAGCACAGCUUGCACAGCAGCACCAGCAAAAAUUGCAACAACAAGGCGUUCCUGGUCCGUCUCUUAUGUCAAAUACUUCUGCAGUAAAACCCAUAAAGCCUGCAGUCAUUUCUGGUUUAGCUGUAACUCCCAUCAUUCCAGGGAUGUUGGGAAGUCCCUCUGUUACUUCUAUAAAUUAUGCAAGACCAUUGAGUAAAAAUCAAGACUCAUCAGCAGUGAAUGAAGUAUCAUCUCCCUCCCCUGUCGUUAUAACAUCGUCCACUGCUAACACUGCUCCCAGUAUUAUUGUUACUACUACCUCAUCAACUACAGCCUCCUUACUUCCAGUUACUUCUUCCUCCUGUAUUAUAGCAACUGCCCCAACUAUGACUGUUCACACCCCAGUUUCUACAUCUGCAUCCCAUGCUACACACAGAGUUGCAAUUCAUAGCAUUGAUGUUAAAUCUGUAAAUAUACCUCUUAAUAGAAUCCAGCCUACUCCAUCUAUUGCAACAAGUGAAGAGGACAACUCUCCCACAUGUAGAGCCACGGCUAAACCAAGAUCAGUCAAAUCAAAAUCUAGGGAAGAAGAAAAGAUUAAGACUUCCCGAGAUGAAAAGGACUUUCCAACUCGAAGACGAAGUGGCCGUGCUACCACACUUGCUGCCACAAGGGCUACAGAAUCUGAUAUGCACGAAAUUGAGGAGCUACGCAGAAAUAGGCGAGCUAAGCGGGCAGCUGCUGCUUUGGCUAAGGAGGAAGGCUGGAGUUCUUCUUCUGAGGCACCACUUAGCCCCCAGAUGUCUCCAGAUACUCUCAGAGGCUGGCCUCCACCCCGUCUUACCAGUCCAACACCAUCUCAGAGUUCAGAGGGAACAACCUCAUCAACCCCGUCCCAGCGUGGGAACCGACUCUCAGCGUCUCGUAGUCGUCGGCAAUCACCUGCAAGCAGUAUAGAUAGUAAUAUGAAUCCUGGAAAAUCUUCAUCUUUAUCAAGCAUUCCAACUAGUCAAAGUGCCCUAAAUAGUUAUUCACCAGUUGUGUCUGACAAGUCUUUGUUAGAUCCCAAUGCUGCACACACAUGUGACAAUAGUCUGUUAACUCGAGCACCAACAUUUUUUCCAUCCGAAGAAGAGUUUACUGAUCCUCUUGAUUAUAUUGAAAAGAUCCGACCAGAAGCUGAGCAGUUUGGUUUGUGUCGUAUUGUUCCACCCAAUAAUUUCAAGCCUGAAUGUCGAGUAAAUGAUGAUAUGAGAUUCACUGGUAACAACCAGUAUAUUCACAAGAUGAUGAGACGUUGGGGCCCAAAUGUGCGUACUCUACGUGCCAUCAAAAGAUGUCUAGCAAAGCAGAAUAUUGAACUCAAUAGUAAUCCUUUAAUUGGGUGUAUGGAACUAGAUCUGGUUCGUCUGUAUGAAGUGGUGGAGCAGCAUGGAGGUCUUAUGUCUGUCAUUGAAAAAGAACUUUGGGGUAAAGUUGCAGACACUUGCAGAAUACCUCGCUCAGCACAGGAAAGACUAGCCAAACUUGAUUUCAUCUAUUGUAAAUAUCUUCUUCCCUAUGCUACACUCUCUCAAGAGGAACGAGACCAGCUUUUAUUAGAAGUGGACUCUAUACACGCACGUAACCACAUGGAAAAUAGUGGGGGAGGCAGCAAAAAAGCUUCAUCAAAUUCUUCAGAUAAUGAUGAAGAGGAGGAGGAAGAAAGCCUUGAUUGUAUUGUAAAGGGUAAGAGCACAGCUCUAAGUACAUUUUAUCGUAUUGCUCGGAACACUGCAACACAAUGGCAACCUGAUCCUGCUAGCCUUGAUGUGGAUGAAAGAUAUUGGUCACUAAUAGUCAAUGGAACCCACCAUGUGUGUGUGCUGUCUGCUAGCAUUGACACUUCAGAACAUGGUUAUGGAUUUCCCAACCAUCGAAUGUCACCUCUAGCAAAACAUCCGUGGAAUUUGAAAAAUCUUUGUCAGAAUCCUAAUUCUAUUCUAAGAAGUAUGGGAACCAUAGUUGGUGUAACUGCACCCACAUUACAUGUUGGGAUGUUAUUUUCCACUGUGUGUUGGUAUCGGGACCCACACAGUUUACCCUGGAUUGAGUAUCUUCACACCGGGGCAUCUAAGAUAUGGUAUGGUGUAGCAGCUAGUCAAGAGGAUAAAUUACGUGCUGCCCUGAAGAAAAUAGUGCCAGAUUUUAUUAAGGAUUCAGCUAUAUGGCUUCCAUCUGACACUGCUAUGGUUCCCCCAUGUGAGCUGGUACGAGAAGGUGUUCGAGUAUGUAGAGUGGUGCAAGAUCCAGGCCAGUUUGUCGUUGUGUUUCCUGGUGCCUUUACCUCCAGUAUAUGUAAAGGAUAUCUGAUCUCAGAAAGUGCAUUCUUUGCCCGCCCUCAGUAUUUUGAGCGAGCAGUUUCUUCCUUCCGAGCACUUCAUGACUGUUGUGAGCCGUCAAUGUUCUCACUGGAUCGUUUAGUACUCUCAGUUGUCAGUGACCCUCGAGCAACACUGGAUGGACUCCUGCGGGCUAGAGAACUUGUACUGCAAGUUGUUGAAAAGGAAAAGAGACUCAGAGCUCAACUAGCUGAAAUUGGUUUAGAAGCAAGUGAAAGAUUAUCAACACCAGACUCUCAUAGAAAAAAGAAGAGUCGAUUUAUUGAAGAUGAGGAAGAAAACAUGUGUGAAAUGUGUCGACAGAAUCUUUACGUGUCUUUGGUGACUAACUCCCAGGAAGAAGCUGUAUAUUGUCUUGACCAUGCUCUCAUCUUUCUGAGCAAGAACCCCAGUCACUUAGAAUACUGCAAGCUGAUGUAUACUUAUAGUUUGUCGGAGCUUGAUGGUGCAAUAAAACAAAUGGAUGAGCGUAUACAACAGAAGAGUGGGAAGAAGAUAUCACCCAGCAGUAAAAAGGCCAGAUCUCGUGAACAUCAUGAUUCCUUUAGCAGUACCAGCAGUUCAAAUCUUUGAUGGUAAACUUAAUAGAAUCAUUAGAGAGGUUACAAACUCUAUAAAUUUUUAUUUUAAUGUAAGAUCGCCUCCUACUUUGGAAGCAUGAAUCGGUUAUCUGAAAUUUCCAGUGGGUGCAUUCUAAGUACCUACAGACAUUGGUUGUUGGCAGAUGGCUUAAAGAUAAUCAUUGUGUUAAUCUUUAAAUUAUUCUUGGACUGUACCUUCUAGAUAAUGCUAGGACUUACAUGUGUAUAGGAUUGUGUUUAAACAGUGAAUGACAAUAUUGAGUGUUAGACAAUCAGGAUUAACAUUUAAGGAGACAAAAUACAUUUUGGAAUAUUUUUUCCCUCAUUGUCUUUAAUGUUAGACAUUGUUGUAUACUACUGAGUCUUAUGAUUAUGAAUUUAAAUCAGUUGUAGACUGAUUUAUAACCCCCUUUUCAAAACUAAUUUGAUACUCAUUAUUCACUGUUUAGGUAUAGUUAGUCCAAAGCCGCAGCUACUUCACUAAAGAUGGCAAUAUUUAUAUUAACUGCAGAUUAUCUUUUUAUUCAUAUUAAGCAUUAAUUACUUAAUGAUCUCAUACUUUACAUUUUCUCAAAGAUAUUAUAUUGAUAGUUUUCCCAGUCUGUUUUAUUGUUUUAACUGUAUUAUAAAUAUGUACAGUUGUGCUGUGUUGUGUGUAAGGUUUGUGCGAGGAAUUUUGGUCUUGGUAUUUUGGAUUUUGGACUUAAAAUUUCAGUAGUUAAUACUAAAAUUUUUUAAAAGGUAGCAACUCAAAUCCUAUUUUUAAUGUAAUAAUAGUCAUCUAAAAAUACAUUCUUAGCUGAUUUUCCAGUGAAUAUAUUUGUCAAUCUCUAUCAACAUUUUUGUGUGUAAUAGUAUAAGAAUGUGGGAAGAUUUUGGUAUAAAAAAUCUUCAGGAAAGCUGCAAGAUUGGUAAUGGUGAUUUGAAAUUGUGAUUUAGCUCUAGAUGUGGAACUUAACACUUUCACACGGGAACGACGCAGCAUUGCGUCAUUUUUUUAGUAGACGUAAUCGCGGUAACGACGCAGCAUUGCGUCAUUUUUGGCGGCAAAUUGGCGGCGGCUUCGGGAGGGGCGCACAGCGGUUUUGGAUAUUAUAUGCAUAUACUCUUGUAGGGAAUUUCAUUGCGAAUACAUUGAUACCAAAAUGAAAUGCCUAGGACCAGAAUUGAGGUAACAAAGUUGAAAACAGUAUACCCAUUUUAUUAGCGCUCACUGGGAUUAUGCUCCGUCACUUUCUCUGUUUGCUGUGGGUGGUACGCCUGGCUUUUGGACUUUAUAUUUGCAUAUAAUCCUGUAGGGAAUUCUAUUGCGAACACAAUGUUAUCAAAAUGAAAGCCCUAGGACAGGAAUUGACGUGACAAACGUGAAAGGAGUGUACACAUUUUAUCGCUCUUAUUGCGCUCCCGGGUAACACGCACUCACUUUCUCUGUUUGUUGUGGAUGGUACGCUGGGCUUUUGGAGUUUAUACGUCUUUAGUCGUGUAGAGAAUUCUAUUGUGAACACAAUGAUACUAAAUUGAAAAACACUGGACGAGAAUUGAGGUGACAAAGUUGAAGAGAGUAUACACUUUUCAGAAUUACCGCGUGCUCCCGUGAAACGCUGGUACCCACUCGGCCUAGUUGAGGGCUGGCGGGCUGGGACCCACUCGGCCUAGUUGAGGGCUGGCGGGCUGGGGCCCACUCGGCCUAGUUGAGGGCUGGCGGGCUGGGGCCCACUCGGCCUAGUUGAGGGCUGGCGGGCUGGGGCCCACUCGGCCUAGUUGAGGGCUGGCGGGCUGGGGCCCACUCAGCCUCGUUGAGGGCUGGCGGGCUGGGGCUGCCAAAGUGUUAAGGUGAAGGCAUUUUACUCAUCGAAAGUGACUGCAGGUCAUAAAAAUCUGGAGAUCAUUGCACAUAAUUACUGAUUAAAAGUCUACUGAUUCAUACAAAAAACAUUUUGGAAUAAAGAAAAUUAUAUAUAUAAAGUAUAUAAAUUAUUUGCUAUAUUUACAUUAUACAGAAUUUGUCAGUUAUGUGAAAUUUCUUACUAUACAAUUUACAUUCAUUUUAAUAUCUUUUUGAUGAAGUUGAUUUAUUAUAAUAGAGAUGAUUUUUUAAUAGUUUACAAUAUAUCACUCAUUUCUAUCUAAAUAAAAUACAAGUCAAAGACAUGGCAAAGAUUAUGGGAGGCCUUGGGAAAUCAUUAACUUGAGAUAUACUAGGAGUAAAUACUGUAUCCCAUUUGUCGUCUUUCUCCUCAUGAUCAGAAUAAUCGGUUUUAAGUUCAGCAGUUUACAGUUUAUUUCCAUUGUCUAAUAAUAUUACAUGUCCAGUAUUUGUAGCUGCAACUGCUAUACACUACACUAUUUUCCCUGGUUUGAUACAAAAUGAAGAUGCACUACUUUGUUUAUGGACAAAAAUAUUAUUACAGCUAAUUUUAAAUAGCAGAACUAUAAUUGGGCUUCAUAACAUCUUGCUGUUUUCAUGUUAUUGUUUACUGUACUGUUUGUGAAUUUUGAGUGACAGUAGUAGGAAGGGUGAAGAUAUACAAGCAUAAGUGCUCAUACAUCUCAGGAGCGAUAAGGAUUUUUUAUGUCCUAUGAAACGUAGGAUGAAAAAAAUGUUAAGAAAUUAUGUCAAGUUUAACAUACUUGGCUUAUCAGUAGUCACUAUCAUCAGUUAUCAAAUCUUUUUACUCAAAAUUUAGGUAAAAUAUAUUAACUACAUAAACAACUAUUGUGAGAAACAGUAUUAUAUACAAGAUAUUAUUUUGUGCUUAAUGAUAAUCUGUUUGAAAUACAGUAUGUAAAAAAUAGUGCAAUUCUUUGACUGGGUUUGUUUGUAAUUCAAACAUUCAACAAAUUUGGGUUUUCAACAAGUUUAUAAUGUCAAGAAGCACAAUUUAAUAUCCCAAAUGCUAGAUUUAAAACAAGUCUUAUAAUUAGAUAUAAAUAUCAAGCAUGUAAAUGUCUUUAAGAUGCUCUGUAAUACUAUAUUGUGUCAAAUGUACAUGCACAUCAUUAGCAAUACUGAGUGCACAGAGGAAAAUUCCUGAACCAUUGUUAGUUGACCUAAGUACUCCUCUUAUCUUAAUUUUGUAAUAUGUAAAUAUCCUAUAGGCUAAUUUAUUUAUAGAAUUAUAGUCAUUUCUUUUGAACCCUAAAUUAUUUUAAAUACUGAAUUAAAAGCUAUGUAAUGUAAAUCUUAUUAGCUUGAUCUCGGUGAACUCUCUGUGCUUUCCUUUCACAAAAAUAGUUUAUGGUCAUGGAUGAGUUAGGAUGUAUGGCCCUCUCCCUUCUACCCCAUCUGCCCUCUUCCUCAUUUCUCUGUAUAUUUCUUUGCCUCUCUUUCUGUUUUUCUUUGUCUCUGUCACUUCAACACAUGGCUUAGGCUUGUGAAUUGUGCCAUUGCUGACAUUUAUUCUUGUCAUUAAGAAAGAGGUAGAAGAUGCCAUAGGUAACUGAGGAAAGUAUUGACUUCAGAGAAAUGUUGAUGCUGAACAUGAGAGCUGUUAAAAAUGUAUCAUAUUACUGUAUUAUAUAUCAUCAUCAUCAUCAUCAUCAUCAUCAUCAUCAUCAUCAUCAUCAUCAUCAUCUUUCUCACUUUCAUUGGGUGUGGAUGCAUCAAUUGUGAAGGAAUGGGAAAGCAAUAUAGAAAAAGAAGGUUAAGUAUACAUAAAAGGACACAUUCAUUUACCAUAUCUUUAACACUAUUGUACAUAAUUUUAGCAUUACGUAGCAUCAGCACCAUCGCUCUCCAACAAAAUAUUCACCAUGUUCCUCAACAUUUUCAUAUGUCUUAGAUCAUACAUCAUUAUGACUAUUUCAUCAUUAUAAAUGUUAACUAUAUAAUACAGUGUAUGCUUGUAUGAAUGUAUAUAUUACCAUUAAUUGACGAGUGUGAUGGUUCCUGUGUGCCAUAGAUUUUUCAUACCCACUGCAUAUACGAAUCCAUGUAAAAAAUUAGCCUCCCCUUUUUCUUAUCCUAGUAUGUUCAACUUAUGACCUUCACACAGAAGAAAUUCUUUCUUCUGUCAUCUGACUCAAUUGAAUGUUUAGUUUCCAUUUGUGCACCCUUGUUCUGUUCUCUUCCCUUUCAAACCAAUUGUUUGGCUAGCGUAUUCUAUUACUGAAUAUCGUUCUUAAUUUGUUGAUGUCCCCCUCCAAAUUUUUCCAGCUUUGUAAGAUGAGUUUCACAGUCCAUCCUUAAAGUUCAAAAGAGAGACUCAUGUAUGUCAAGGGAGAUGUGUAUAGGAAAUUCUACCUGACAACCUGUGUGACUUAGCUGGGAUACAUGACCCCCACUACACGGAGGCCCCCUCUCUGCUGGACACUGGGCAGAGGCAAGGCUCCUCUUAAUGAUGUCAUUGACUUCGUGUCGUGAGUUCCAACCUCCUAAUUUUCCACAGUGCAGGCCAUGCAAACCAUAUUCAUCUGCAUAUGCCUCGCCACAAAUACACCUAUGAACAGUGGAUUGGGUCAGCAAGGCAGAGAGCAACUGCAAUACGGAGCCGUGGCAGAUCAAGACGUGUGCCUGUCGCAGAAAUAGGUACUACCAAAAGAAAGUCCACUGCAUGGGGGGGCCUGCAGAGCUGUGAGGCGCAUACAAUCACUGGGGGUUGUUGCUGCCUCCAGCAAAGCUGUGGCUUCUUUGUCCACAAUAGGGCUGUCCCAGCUGGAUUGUUUCUUGGCUUACAACAUGGUUGGUCUGAGUGCAGUGUCUGCCAUGGUCCCACACUUUGUGUUGCAUUCCCUGUAGUGGGGGGUCAUGUAUCCCUGCUGAGUCACCCAGGUCAUCUAAUGCUGAGGAGGAACACAGGAAUGCUGGCACAGUAAUUUGGGUGACAGUGUGGACAACCAGGCCACCGAGCCUGACAGGAAGAGUGACUUGCUUUUACUGACAGUCAUUGAGGGAAAUGUUAACAACUUUUCUACCAUGGUCUUCAGUAAGAAGUCAUUCUCUUCAAGAUUUGGGCUGUUGUAAGAUGGGGCGCACCUCAGAAAGUAGGUUAGCCUCGGAAGAGAGAGGCAUUUAGUGAAAAUAUAAAAAAGCAUCAUGGGCAUCGAUGUCAUCUAUCCAUUCAAACAUCCUCCUGAGGUCUGGGAUUUUCUUAUUGAGGAUCUCCUAUAUAUGGUCGAUAUAUGCAGUGGAACCUCGAUUUUCGUAAGUCCCUGUUUUUGUAUGUUUCGGUACUCGGACUCAAUUUCUUCAAAAAAUUUGAUGCGGUACUCGUUGUUUGCCUUGGUGUUCAUAGUUUGUUGAUACAUGUAUGGGUCCGUCACGGUGAAGCAUGCCUCAGUUUACCCGUGUCCUGCUGAGGUGACAACCGCUCUUGAAUUCUUUGUGAAGAAUUUCAUUGUUUUUGGGCCUUUUAGUUUCUGAACAUAAAAGUAAUUAUUAAAUAUCAUGCCAUAGGUCCCAAGAAAUUCAGUGGUAAAGUUCAACCUAAGAGAACAACUGUGAGGAUGACCAUAGAGCAAAAAAAAAAGAGAUCAUUCGUAAACGUGAAAAUGGUAUACGGGUUGUUGAUGUCCGUUUCUCAUUAAUUAAGAAAACGUGUGCAGUAUGGGAAGAAAUGUUAAGUUUUGCUGAAAAGUGUCACCCAGAUAAAGCUGUAGCAGGCUGUUGUGUUAACCUUUUUAAUGACAAUGUGAUGUCU